AUGGUCGCGACAUUUCAAAGAACUGUUACUGCGGAUUGGUAUACCACCAUUUGUUUGCCAAAAGUUAUCUCCGAGCCUCGAAAAAUCAUCACCGAAAGAAGAAUCAUCCUCCAACAAGACAAUGCAAGCUUGCACACAGCCCAAAAAACAAGGCAGUAUUUAACGGAAGAAAACGUGGAAUUAUUGGAUCAUCCUCCAUAUAGUCCCGAUCUAAGUCCUAACGAUUUCUUUACUUUCCCGAAAAUAAAAAACAGACUACGUGGUCAACGGUUCCAGUCACCAGUUGACGCAUUCAAAAAUGCCGUUUUGGAUCUGCCAGCAAACGAGUGGAAUAAGUGCUUCGAAAAUUGGUUCGAUCGCGUGCAGAUGUGUAUUAAUCUUCGUGGAGAAUACUUCGAAAAACAAUAAAGUCAUUUAAAACUA